AUGUCUACAUAUGCAGCACAACAGCUUUACUAUGAUGGCAAAGUCCAACAAGCAACCUCUAACGAAACAUUCUCAACCGUCAACCCCGCAACGGGAAAACCUCUAGCAGAUGUACAAAAGGCAUCACCAUCCGAUAUCGAUUCCGCCGUAGCCUCGGCACGCAAAGCAUUCCCAUCAUGGUCCCAAACACCACCAAUUGUCCGCUCACGUAUCCUUCUCAAAGCCGUCGAGAUACUUCGAGAACGCAACGAUGAAAUUGCCAAGGUGGAAACAGACGAUACAGGGAAAGCCUACUCGGAAACCAGCGCGGUCGAUGUCGUGACCGGAGCAGAUGUAUUGGAAUACUUUGCAAAUCUCGUUGCAAGUGGAGGGCUGAAUGGAGAAACCACACAAUUGAGAACAGAUGCAUGGAUAUAUACCAGAAAGGAAGCUUUGGGAGUAUGCGCCGGGAUUGGAGCUUGGAACUACCCAAUUCAAAUCGCAUUAUGGAAAUCGGCUCCUUGCUUAGCGGCCGGAAACUGUAUGGUCUAUAAGCCAUCGGAAGUCACUCCAUUGCACGGCAAGAUCCUCGCAGAAGUUUACGCAGAAGCUGGAGUACCCCCAGGAGUCUUCAACAUCGUACAUGGAGAUGGAUCAGUCGGUGGAUACUUGACCACCCAUCCAGGGAUUGCCAAAGUAAGUUUCACAGGUCAAGUCUCGACGGGUCAAAAGGUUGCCGCCUCGGCGGCUGGUGGGAUGAAAUACAUCACCGUGGAGCUGGGCGGUAAAAGCCCUCUGAUUAUCCUUCCCGAUACCGACCUUGAGCAUGCCGUCGAUGGAGCUAUGAUGGCAAACUUCUACUCCACCGGCCAAGUCUGCACAAACGGGACCCGAGUCUUCGUGCACGAGAGUAUGAAAUCAGCAUUCGAGAAACGUCUUCUCGAAAAGAUGGAAUACAUUAGAGCGUUGGAGCCUAUGGACCCCAACAGUAAUUUUGGUCCCCUCGUCUCAGAAAUGCAUUACAAAAAGGUUCUCAAUUACAUCCAUCACGGAAUCAAAACCGACAAAGCGAAACUCCUCUUUGGCGGUCCCGAAAAGCCCACCAACAUCCCCAGCGGUCACGAAUCCGGCUUCUGGGUUCGCCCUACCGUCUUCACAGACUGCACCGACAACAUGCUCAUCACGCGCGAAGAAAUCUUCGGCCCCGUGCUCUGCAUCCUCACCUAUUCCACCACCGAAGAAGUUAUCCGUCGCGCCAACGAUACGAAGUUGGGCUUGGCAGCUGGUGUAUUUGGUAAAAAUAUCAAUGAAUGUCAUGAAGUCAUCGGUCAGAUAGAGGCCGGCAUCACAUGGAUUAAUACGUGGGGAGAGAGCCCCGCAGAGAUGAGUGUAGGGGGUUGGAAGAUGAGUGGAGUGGGUGUGGAGAAUGGGAGGAGGGGGUUGAAUGCUUGGGUCAGGGAGAGGAGUACUUUGGUGCAGAAUGGAAGUGGAGAGAUUGGUAGUGUUUUUUGUAAGUUGUAA